GGAGGACCCGGCGUCGGGGUCGAGGCCUCCGUGAGGUCUGGGGCCCAAUGGCCGACGCAGGCAGGAACCGGGAGAAAUGGCUUCCCUUGGAUGCCGCCUGCAUGCGCGCUGGGGUUUUAUUCGCCCUGCAGCCGGCUGCUCAUUAAAACUGGAAAAAAUAAGGAAUGGCUGUGGAGGAGCUACAGUCCAUCAUAAAGAGAUGUCAAAUCCUAGAAGAGCAAGACUUUAAAGAGGAAGAUUUUGGCCUGUUUCAGUUAGCAGGCCAAAGAUGUAUAGAUGAAGGGCACAUAGAUCAGCUAUUAGAAAUUAUUCAGAAUGAAAAGAAUAAGGUCAUUGUCAAGAAUAUGGGCUGGAAUCUUGUUGGUCCUGUUGUUCGAUCACUUUUAAGGAAUGAGAAGGAAGAUGAUAAAAGAAAGUGUCAUUUCCUGCUGCUUGAUUUAUUGGUAAAGUUAUGUAAUCCAAAGGAAUUAUUGUUGGGUUUGCUUGAACUGAUUGAAGAGCCCUCCGGAAAACAGAUAUCCCAAAUUAUUCUUCUUUUACUUCAGCCAUUACAAACAGUGAUUCAGAAACUUCGUAACAACAAGGCAUAUUCAGUUGGGUUAGCAUUGUCUACACUUUGGAGUCAGCUCUCUCUCCUUCCUGUUCCAUACUCAAAAGAACAAAUACAGGCAGAUGACUAUGGCCUUUGUCAGUGCUGCAAGGCCUUAAUAGAGUUCACUAAACCUUUUGUGGAGUAUGUCAUUGAUAACAAGGAAAACUCAAUGGAAAAUGAGAAAUUAAAAGAUGAAAUACUGAAAUUUUGUUUGAAAAGCUUGAAAUGCCCUUUGCUGACAGCACAAUUCCUUGAGCAGUCUGAAGAAGCUGGAGAUGAUCCUUUAAAGUGUUUUGCAUCCGAAAUAAUAGGAUUUUUGUCAGCAAUUGGAUACCCUUUUCCCAAAAUGAUUUUUAAUCAUGGAAGGAAAAAGAAGACUUGGGAUUAUCUUGAAUUUGAGGAAGAAGAAGACAAACAGUUAUCAGACUCUAUGGCUUCUCUGGCAUAUCUAGUAUUUGUUCAGGGCAUCAGUAUUGAUCAGCUUCCAAUGGUCUUAAGCCCAUCAUAUCUUUUGCAGUUUAAUAUGGGGCAUAUUGAAGUCCUUUUACAAAGAACAGAGGAGUCUGUUUUCUCCAAAGGAUUGGAUCUGUUGGAGAAUGGUUUAUUGAGAAUAGAGGACAACAGUCUACUUCACCAGUACUUAGAAAUCAAGAGUUUUCUUACUGUACCUCAGGGCUUAGUCAAAGUAAUGACCCUCUGCCCCAUUGAGACAUUGAGGAAAAAAGGUUUAGCUGUGCUUCAGCUGUAUAUUAACAAAUUGGAUCCACAAGGCAAAUAUACAUUAUUUAGGUGCUUACUGAGUACAAGUAAUCACUCAGGUGUGGAGGCCUUUAUUAUUCAAAAUAUCAAAAAUCAAAUUGACAUUUCGUUAAAGAAAACACAGAACAAAUGGUUUACAGGACCACAGCUGAUUUCCCUUCUGGAUUUGGUACUCGUUCUCCCAGAGGGUGCUGAAACAGAUCUACUGCAAAACUCAGAUAGGAUAAUGGCUUCGUUGAAUUUAUUGAGGUAUUUGAUUAUCAAAGAUAAUGAAAAAGACAAUCAAACUGGUUUGUGGACAGAACUUGAAAAGAUUGAGAAUAAUUUCUUAAAGCCCCUCCAUACAGGACUCAAUAUGUCAAAAGCACAUUAUGAAGCAGAAAUUAAGAAUAGCCAAGAAGUCCAGAAGUCUAAAGAUCAUUGUUCACUAAAUGUAGGUAGAGAAGAGAUCCCAAAUAUGCCUCCUGAAAUGCAACUUAAGGUCCUACAUUCAGCUCUUUUCACAUUUGAUUUGAUUGAAAGUGUUUUGGCUCGAGUAGAAGAACUCGUUGAAACAAAAACGAAGUCUACCUCUGAGCAAAAUAUGGGAUAAAGUGAAAGCUCCAUCUCCUAAAUAAAAACUAGUAAUACACUAUUUUUCAUUAUGGUUUAUUUAAUACCUUUAUAGAAGUUUUUCUGUAAAACACACUGAAAAUAAAUGUAGCUUCUCUUAUCUGUUUCAGCAGUGACACAUUAUGGAUCAGUAGCAUUGUUUCCUUUUAAAAAGGUAUCUAUAUGGUAAAUAAUGCCCAUGUGUAUUUUAAAUACUACUGUUGAAAAAUCUAAUACGAAUCAAUAAUGAUUUCAUAAAAUGUACUGGAAUUACCUUUAUCCAUACAGUUGUGAGUUUAUAAAAAUUCUGAUACACUUUAUGUUCCAGUUAGAUGCUACUUUAGAACUCCUAGUGUUAAACUGGCUAUCGUAGCUGUAGGAGCUUAGAGAAGAAUUCUGAGUCUGUGUACUACUCCUAAUUUCCCUUUCUUUCCCUGCCUCAGGAGCCUUAGAGGGCAGAGUCCUCUAUCACCAGCUUUCCAGCAGUAGUUACAGUGUAAAAGUACCUGUGAAGACUAAUUUUAGAAAUAGUGGCUUGUAUUAUAAAAAGGUAUAUAUGACUUUUUCUUUAACCCAAGGGGCUACUUAUUUGCAAUUAAACAUUUGUUGUUCCAACUUAAUCUGUAUCAUUAAGAAGCUUCAAUCUAAGUUUUAUAUACAUGUACCAAUAUUUUUUGAACAUUAUUAAAGGAAUUGACAGAA